CAUUUUGACAUAGUACCUUGUGCUCGGUCACAUGACCGUUUUUUAUUAUUAUCUUUCAAAUGUCUUGUUAGGAUAAAGAUUGGGGCACGAUGGUCCUUUAUAUUUAUGUCUUGUGGCUAUGCACACACUCGUUCGUUGAAAAAGGACUUGUUCAAUGAAUAGUAUUGGAGAUCCUAUACUGUUUAGAUAUAUGACUAGAUUAAAGUAUGCAAGUGGGGGACUACCCUCACCUUACUGGUUUUUUGAGGUUUGAGUUGGGUCUAAACCCAGAUUGUUAGAUGAUAUCAUAAUCGAUCGUACUGAAAUUUGUUGGAUUUAUCAAGUCACCUGUUUUUGGUCACCUACUACGGUCAAUCUUGUAAAUUUCGUUCUCAGAAUUUCUGGUCUUGGUGGACUGGGUUGGAAUUCUUUCAUUGUAUGGCGCUAUGACCACGUCAAGGUAUAUAAAUGGAGAUCUUAUAAGUCAAUUUUUAAGGUGACCCAAUUUUUUUGGAUGGUGUAAGAAAAUUCUGUGCGGACUCUUUUACUGUCAACCCCAAUCUCAAAAUAAACCUUGCUGUUGUGUUGAAACUUAUAACUUACUCAUCUAUCUAGGUCGCCCAAUCAUUGUUGAUUUUUCCCCUGUAACGGAUUUUCGAGAAGCUACUUGUAGGCAGUAUGAGGAGAAUGUAUGCAAUCGGGGUGGCUACUGCAACUUCAUGCACCUGAAGAAGAUUAGCAGGGAUUUGAGAAGGAAAUUAUUUGGAAGGAAUAGGCGAUGGAAUGGCCGCAGUGGUAGCCGGAGCAGGAGCCCUCCAAGGAACCGUAACCAUGGGGAACAUUCACAUUCGGCCCGUAAUCCUAGUAGAAGAGAUUUUGAAAGGCCGCAUGGCCACCAUGGUAAGAGGCCUAGAAGCCGUAGUCCUCGGCAUAGAGGGGGAAAACGAAGUAGAAGUCCAGUGGGGAGGGAUGUCAGAGAAAGUAGUGCAGAAAGGAGAGCUAAGAUAGAGCAAUGGAACAGGGAGAAGGAGCAAGAGGAAACGGGUAACAAGAACAAUACGAAAAGCGAUGAUUAUCAAGAACGGAGUGAUGCACAGAAUGGCAGUGAAUCUGGUAACCAUCAGAUAUAGCAGCAACAACGUAGUUAUUUGGCUCAAGAUUUGGUAGUGUGGCAGGUAAUCUGUUUUGUGAUGUUUGCACCUACUUAGUGGAUUUAGUUGCCAUUGUUAUUCUAUUUUAAACUGUCAAUUUAGUGAUAUAACUUUGUAAUAUCCAUAGUAACAACAGUUCAAUUUUCUGCUUCAAUUGUAAUGUUCUGCAAAUGGAAGGGAGGAAGAAAUAUGGGAAAAGCGGCGAGUUUAACUUGUUGCAGGGAUGAAGCGAUACAUUUGAUAAAGUUCAGCUAUGAAUGUUUCAUAUUCUGUUA